GCUCUUAUUGAUGCUCGGCCCUAGCCCGAUUACCGCGAAGCUAAGUUGAAUAAACACAACCCGCGUGCCUCCAGCUUUUGCAAAAACUACUGCUGAUAACGCCGAUAAUCACCGACGGACAUGGCGUUCUUAGCGCGUAGUCUCGCCCGGACGUCACUACGAUUGUCCGGUGCUGUGCCUCGCGACCAUAAACUGCUUCAUACCUGCCGAGUGCUGGCCGCCGCCAAGGUACAGCAACCGGCCCCACCGUUCCAGGGAACCGCCGUAGUGAAUAACGAUUUCAAACAAAUCCAGCUCAAGGAUUACCAGGGAAAAUAUUUAGUGCUGUUUUUCUACCCUCUAGAUUUCACGUUUGUCUGCCCGACGGAGAUCGUAGCAUUUAGCGACCGCAUACAGGAGUUCAAGGCCCUCAAUACCGAGGUAGUUGGUGUUUCGGUUGAUUCGCAUUUUUCCCACCUCGCCUGGAUCAACAGUCCGCGCAAGGCCGGUGGGCUAGGUAAACUCAGCUAUCCGUUGCUCUCGGACCUGUCAAAGAAAAUCUCAGCCGACUAUGGCGUGCUGCUGGAUGAGGGGGUCUCUCUCCGCGGUUUGUUCAUCAUCGAUCCCAAAGGGGUAGUGCGCCAGAUCACCAUCAACGACCUGCCUGUCGGGCGAUCGGUGGACGAAACGCUGCGCCUGAUUAAGGCCUUCCAGUUUGUGGAAAAGCACGGCGAGGUGUGCCCAGCUAACUGGGAACCAGACAAGAAUGCCGCUACAAUCAAGGCAAAUCCCACCGAAGCACGUGAAUAUUUUGAAAAGCACGCCAAGUAGCCGCAGUCGCCUAUGGUGGACCGUUGUCUUCUACCUGGGAAGAAAUAAAGUAAUGAGAGCAAGCAUGCGUGAGUUAAACUUUCACCUACACCAACCUCAAGCCUUUCUAUCCAGCGUCGACUCAACUGUUUUGUUCGUCUUAUCUAACACUCUUAUCUAAUUUCAUGAUCGAUGCGACGUUGUCAGUCUUAUCCAACGCUCUUAUCGACAUUAAUGACCGGUGCAAGUUUGAUAAUCACCUGCUGUUGAUAGAAGAUUUCAAUCAACUGUAUCUUUCUCGGACCAUCACUAUCGUGUGACCCAAUUAAGGCAUUCGGUAUCUUCAAUCAACCACCAACAAUAAUGGCCAUAAUUGGUUCAUUGAUGCGAUUACCAUUUGCAAUCUUUUACAAAUUAAUGAAAUCCGAAAGGAUACAUGAUCUCAUUUUUGUAAACGAUUCACUGCGAUCAUAUAAGGUUGGGGAAAAAGUAAUCGACGUUUUUCACGAUAGAUGCCUUCAGUGAUCGAUAACUCGUGAAGUAUCGAUCAUUCAGUUUCAAGUUUAGUCUCGUUUUAAAAAUGGUACUUUACACUUUAGAAAAUGCUUCCACUAUUUUUUUGUUUGUUUCAUUCGUUUGUGAGUCACACAGUGUUAACAAUGCAAGUCACCAUACAGAAAAUGCGGUACAUUUUACAAUUUUUCUUUGAAAAAGGCGAAAAUUCAAGCUAGGUUGCUGAAAUUUUGCAUGGUGUUUAUGCUGCCGAUACUCUAACAGUUAGUUAGGUGCAAUUUUGGAUCCGUUGACCCGUUUCAGAUAUAUUCGAUGUUUUAACUUGCACCUCGCACAGGCAGACCCGUCAUUGGAAAUGUCGAUAAAAUCACAGAAAUAAUCAAUGUUGGUCAGCAUUUUAGUAAUCAGAACAUUGACCAGGACCUAAAGAUUAACAACACACAGUUUUAAGCCAUUUGCGCAAAGCUGAAUUCACGAGAAAGCUCGAUGUUUGGGUGCCACGUUAAUUGACACUGAAAAACAUGAUGGAUCGAAAUGCCAUCUGCUAAGUUUUCGCCAAACGGAGCGAAAUCGAACCAUUUCUUAAACUGGGGAUAAGGAAUGGGUCACUUACGACAAAAUUGUGUGAAAUCGGUCUUCGAAGCAAUCAAUAAACGACCAGAAUUGGCCAACGGAAGAGGUUUUUCGUUCCACCAGGAUAAUUAAAUGUUACGCACGUCUUUGGUGACUCGUCAGAAAGUCCAAGAGCUUGGUUGGGAAGUUUUUUUUAUGCAAAGCACAGUCCGGACCUUGCACUAGAUGGUCGACACCUUUUUCGUGCAUUACAAAAUUUCCUGAGUGAUGAAAAACUGAGAUCAAAAUAGGACUGUAAAAAUUAAAUGCUCGAGUUUUUCGCCAAUAACGAGUAAGCCUUAGAAAGGCAUUAUAAAGGU